AAUACAAUAAAAUAAAAUAAAACUUGGGAUCUUGUAGGCGUGGCACUGGGAUUUCAGCUGUGGUGGGCCACCACGGCUACGUCUAUGUAAGGGAAGCGCUGCUGUCUUCUUGCCCAAGGUUAUGUUUUGGUGAACAUGCUUAAUGAUUUACAAACGCCACAAGAGGCAUCUUUACAUGUGGAGAUGUCUGUCUGACAGCAGCAACAUAGCAGAGGAAACAGGAAAGGCCUGAGCAGCUUGGUGUUAGGACGGAUAUCCUCUUUUGGAGGCGUUCCCCUCCUCUCUCACUUAACUCUCCCUCCCUUUAUCUCUUUUUAUCAUAUGCCCCCACCAUCCCAACCAGAGCAUAUUGGCAGGACAUGGUAUUAUUGCCUGAGCUCAGAAGCAAACCAGAUAUUUCUGUUCUCCUGUAGCUUUUUGGAGUGGUCAGAUCUGAGUCCAUUAUGUGUUGGCAUGGGGACGAGGAGGAUGAGGACGGCUUGGAGAGCGACCCAGACGGGCUUUCAGUUCUGGAGCAGCUCGGUUUGGACCAGAACUCCGAUUUCUCAGACUCGAGUGUUCAGCAGGUUCUGGAUGAACAACGAGAAAAAAUCCGCCGGGAGAUCCGCAAGGAGCUGAAGAUCAAGGAGGGAGCUGAGAAUCUUCGAAGAGCGACGACUGACAAGAGGAAUGCUCAGCAGGUGGACAGCCAGCUGCGCUCCUCAAACCGACGACUAGAUGACCUGCACGCUCAGCUGCAGGAGCUGGAUGCUCACAUUGUGGUGAAGGGAGGCGAGGAGAGUAAAGAUGAGUGUCCUCAGUCUCCGGGGGCCGACUGUCGCACGUCAGCGCACAGUGAGCGCAUCGCCGCCCUGGAGAGGCAGCUCAAUAUUGAACUCAAAGUCAAACAGGGAGUCGAGAACAUGAUCCCCAUCUAUGCCAAUGGAUCCACCAAGGAUAAGAAAAUGCUGCAGACUGCCCAGCAGAUGCUGCAGGACAGCAAGACCAAGAUCGAUAUCAUCCGGAUGCAAAUACGCAAGGCCGUUCAGGCCACCGAGCACACGGAGGACACGCAGGGUAACCAUGACCUGUGUGGGGUGGAGCUGCGUAUCGAAGAGCUGAGGCAUCACUACAGGGUGGAGCACGCAGUCGCCGAGGGGGCCAAGAAUGUCCUCAGGCUCCUGGGAGCCAACAAGGUUCAGGACAAGAAGGCUCUGUCUGAGGCUCAGUCUCGACUUAGCGAGGCGUCCCAGCGGCUGGACCUGCUGAGAGACUCCCUGGACCAGCGUUUAGCCGAGCUGCCAGAGGACCAUCCCAAAGCCAGCGUCAUCAAAGAGGAGCUGGUUUUGGCCUCCUCGCCUGCAUUCAGCUCUCUUCAUGGCGCCCCUUACCUGCAAAACCAGUACAGCACCCUCAACAAGCCAUCUCCUCUCACAGGCACCCUGCAGGUGCAGCUGCUGGGGUGUGUUGGGCUGCUGGAGGUGGUGCCAGGUCGCAGUAAAGGGACGCCCGUCACUCUGCCCUGCUACAGCCCCGGAGACACGAAGUCCUUCAUGAGGGGAAGCAAAGGAUUGUACGGGCGCACCGGCUCUGUCAGCGGGAAGACCCCCAACAAGACCGACGAGCUGUCCACUGAGGUGAGUGCAGUGUUAAAGCUGGACAACACAGUGGUGGGCCAGACUGCCUGGAGGACUGUAGGAGAGCAGUCGUGGGAUCAGACCUUCACCGUGGAGCUUGAAAGGUCAAGAGAGCUGGAGAUUGCCGUUUACUGGAAGGACUACCGCUCACUGUGUGCACUGAAGUACCUGAAGCUGGAAGAGUUCCUGGACAACCAAAAACACCGAGUUCAGCUGGAUCUGGAGCCUCAGGGCCUGCUGCUGGCUGAGGUAACCUUCUUUAAUCCGGUCAUCGAGAGGGUUCCUCGCCUCCAGAGACAGAAGAAGAUCUUUUCAAAGCAGCAAGGCAAGGCGUUCCUCCGAGCCCGUCAGAUGAACGUGGACAUCGGGACGUGGGUGAGGCUGCUCCGAAACGCCAUUCCUACUGCCAACAACUCAGGAACUUACAGCCCCAAUGCACCAAGCUUGAACCUUAACUCUGGGGAGAUCUCGGUGGAGAAGUUGAUUCUGGACAGCGACUCUCCAGUAAGAGGAGAUUUGAAGCGAGACACGGACGCACACACUCCGGACCAACUCCAAGUCAUCGAGCCCCUUUCCCCUCCUGAUUCUCCUGCUCGAACCCCACCUGUCAGCAGACAGAAGAAAGGCCCUCUGUCCCUUCAGGACUUCCGACUGAUUGCUGUGUUGGGACGUGGACACUUUGGGAAGGUGUUGUUGUCGGAGUACAAGAAGACCGGUACGAUGUUCGCCAUCAAAGCUCUGAAGAAAGGAGACAUUGUUGCUCGGGAUGAGGUGGAAAGCCUGAUGUGCGAAAAACACAUCUUUGAGAUAGUGAACAUGUCGCACCAUCCCUUCCUGGUCAACCUGUUUGCGUGCUUCCAGACCCCAGAGCACGUGUGCUUCGUUAUGGAGUACACGGCAGGAGGCGACUUGAUGAUGCACAUCCACACGGAUGUCUUCACAGAGCCACGAGCUAUGUUCUACGCUGCCUGCGUGGUUCUUGGACUUCAGUUUCUUCAUGACCACAAGAUUGUGUAUCGAGACCUGAAGCUCGACAACCUGCUGCUAGGAACAGACGGCUAUGUGAAGAUCGCUGACUUUGGGCUGUGUAAAGAAGGAAUGGGUUAUGGGGAUCGGACCAGCACGUUCUGUGGGACUCCGGAGUUUCUGGCUCCAGAGGUGCUCACCGAUACAUCCUACACCAGAGCAGUGGACUGGUGGGGACUGGGGGUCCUGAUCUAUGAAAUGUUGGUGGGAGAGUCUCCUUUCCCAGGUGACGAUGAAGAGGAGGUGUUUGACAGCAUUGUGAAUGAUGAGGUCCGCUACCCACGCUUCCUCUCCACUGAGGCCAUCGCCAUCAUGAGAAGACUGUUACGGAGGAAUCCCGAGAGAAGGUUGGGAUCUGGUGAGAAGGAUGCAGAGGAGGUGAAGAAGCAGCCGUUUUUCAGAAACGUGGACUGGGAGGCGUUGCUACAAAAGAAGGUGCCCCCUCCCUUCGUCCCCUCUGUUCGCGGUAGAGAAGACGUCAGUAACUUUGAUGAAGAGUUCACCACUGAGCCUCCUGCACUCACGCCUCCACGUGAGCCUCGUGCGCUUUCCCGUAAAGACCAGGACAGCUUUCGGGACUUUGACUACGUCUCUGACCUCUGCUAGUGGCCUCGAAGCCAACGGACUUUGGUUUAGUUGUGUCUGGAGCGGACCGAUGGCCCGAGUGACCCGUCUGCUGGUAACUCCACUGUGAAUGAGACUGAAGAGAGCCAGUCUGCUUGGUGUGGCUGCUGUUGAUCAUAGAAGACUCAAAAGAUGAAAACAAAGAGAGCUGUUGACGCUCUUUCAUGAGGAAGGAUAAACAUGGACACUUCUCCAGUCGCUGGAGACGAUGAAUAAUGGAACUUGAACUGUUUAGCCUUUUAUUCAGCAUCCUCCCGUCCUGUGAGCGUUGCCUGCGCAGCUCUGGGAGGAGUGUGUGCACGUGUGCGUUGAUUGUUUCUCAGUGGCCUCUCAUACCAAUGCCUUACAUUUCUAUGAGGUGUUUUCCAAAAAAAUAACAUCUUUUUUUAAUCUGUGGCCCUUUUAUUAAGAGCAUGCUGCUGGAAACCAGAGCUUAGAGCAUGACUCUUCCAUAUCGUGUAAAAACACUGCAGUGGGUCGUACCCGUGAUGUCCGCCAACUACUCUUUAGAACUUUGCUGCUUAGGUUUUGCAUCAGGAAUUAGUUUAAUAUUUAAUGAAUCUCUUGUUUUUACUAGGUUUUAAAUAAGGAUGUAGCAGUGGAACACAAAGCUACUGCAGACAUGUCACUGAAACAAGAAAUCAGAACACUAAACUGUGACGUGGCGGUUUCGUCGGCGUGGGUUUGAAAAGCAUUCAGUCGGAGUUUUGUGACCAUGAACGAACGUCAUUUCCCAACAAGACAAUUAAAUCUUGAAAUUCA